UUUGUUAGAUGUGUAUCCCCUCUCCCCACACUUAACUAAGACAGAUUUUGGAAUAGUUAAAAUGCACGCCCUGAGCAUGGUGGCUGUCAGCAUCAGUAAUGAAGGCAUCAGUAGCUACAGUGCUGAAGAUGUAUCCAAUCCAAAUUCAAGAAUGGUGUCUUCAGAGGUGACAGGACAGAACAGUAUCUUGCAAGAACAUGAAGGACAAACGGGCUCUAAUUUCUUAAAGCAGGCUGCCGAAGCCAGAGAGAGAAGUCUGCCCACCUCAGUGUCUUCAGCAGACUGUGCCAAGGAAGAUGUCACAGCAGAUCUGACAACCAGCAAUGCCAGGUUACCACCCUCGAGUUGCAACGAAGCAGUGCCAUCACCAGGUCCAGUGAACACCGAAGAAGAGGGAAUAGCACAUGUUGUACCCAUGGACAGAGGCCCAAAUUGUGACGAUAUUGCUGCCACUCCUAUAAAAACCAGUGAGGAUGCUCCCAGAAGCCCAAGCCUGGAGCCCAGCCCUCCUGCAGCAAUUACAGAAAUGCACAGAGUCACACAGAUUAGUUUGAGUGAAUUAGGGCUGCUCCGGCAGCCUGAACAGCUGGGUGGCAUGUGGGACCCACAUGUCAGCACCUUUCCCCAGGGUAAAGAAGCAGGAGAUUAUUUUACUGCGCAGGAGGCCGAGCAGGAGCAAGGAGUUUUGGAAGUAGGUCAGCAGCAGACUGUAAUGCAUCAAGGUAGACAGAACACAGAUGGUGGAGGGGGUCUGCUAAUGAAAAAGGAAACCUUAAUCCUAAAUUAUCCGGCAGCAGGAGGCUCAGACAGUGAAAAAUUUGGAGCAAUUGUGCAUGCUCAGGGCUUGCCUGAGAUCAGGGAAGUCUGCAGUCUACAGAUGGGGGCUGUAACAACAGCUAAAGGGGAUGAGGCAAACCUAGCUCUGCCUGGAAGCAAAGGAGAGCAAUCAGAAACCUGUACUUCAAUGUCAGAGUUACCUUCUAACCCUCCAAAUCUCUUCCUGGUACCAAAGCCUGAAGAGCCUUUGAGGGAAUACGUGCCUGGAAAUGACUCUCAAGAUCCAGUGAGGAGUGGAGCAGUGAAAACAGCCUCUGAAAAAACUGAACCCAUUUUUCAAAGAGAGCUUCAAAAGGAGGAUGAGCUUGUUAGCGCCGAGCAUUUCAGCGUGCCUUUAUCAUUUCAGCGAAAGGCAGAACAAAAAUCAGCUGUCACAACUGAAAGCCCAAAAGAUGAAGCCAGUAGCAAUGAAAUUAUAAAAGCCGAUGAUGUGUCUAGAGAAAGUACCACACUUUCUGAAACAGAAAGCAUUAUCAAUCCCACCAAGGAAAAUUCCCCAGUAGAUAAAAGAUCAUUACUGGAAGAAUAUGCAUUAAGUACUUCUCUGAGCAGAUCCAUAGAGCUGGAUCAAAAAGAAACUGAGGUGAGUCUAACAGGAGGAAAAACUGAAAUCAGAACAGAGGAGGGACGAGUGACAGAAACCAGUGAAUUACCUGAGGGGUCAAGUGGGGCAGAAAGACUACUAUUGAACUCUCUUAGUAGCCACCAUGAGGACACGGAAAAUACCGACUUGAGACACAGUCCCGAGGAAUUCAAGCUUUGUGCAAAGACUUCAGCAGGUGACCUAAGGGAAGGAGCUGAUGGAAAGCCUCUGGAUUUAGACAGUAACGUUAAAUUGCCCGAAGACAGCUCACAGUCUCUUGGUUGUGAACUUGAUCCACAGAUGAGUGAAGAGAAAACUGCUGCCAUGGGUGACCUGGAGAGUAAGCUCGUGGCUACACCGCAGUUUGCAAGGGAAGGAUGCCCACUGAGUUUUGAUGGCUUUAACACUGAGGCAGAAGACAAAACUUCUGGCCAGUCAGGCUGUAAUGGGACUGAAAAGGUUUGUUUAGCCAGUGCACACAGUUCACUGCUCCCUCACUCCGAGAACAAUCAUAUUACGCAGAGUAAGCAGGAUGAAUCCUGGGAAAAAGCUCUUGCUGGAGAAACUGUGUUAGAAGCUGAGUAUAAAACUGAGAGUCAAGGAAAACCUGAGAGCUAUACUAAGUCAGAAGAAAGUGCAAAGGUGUCCAGAUCAAAACUUGAGCUCCAGGGCUUAAAUGAGUUGUCAGGGAAUAUGGAUCGCGUGGCUGUACAAACUGAGGAGGCCUCAGGGGUUUCGGAAACCAAAGAACACAUUGGUCACAUCACUGAAGUGCCUUGUGGAAAUCCAGAGCAAGGACCUGCAGCUGCACAAAGCAGUGCCAGGGAUAGUAAAGAAAAUGAGGAUGUUCCACAGGAGAAGCCCCAAACUGCGGUGGAAAGGUUUGUGGGGGACAGAGAUUUGGCACUGAAAAGUGAAGGGGAAUCUGAUGUGCUGAUGGAAGCUCAGCUGGAGCAAGCGGCUGCAGAAAGUCACAGAAGUGUCCAGGUGGAUUGUUCAGAAACCUCCCAAGCCACAGUCGCUACAUCAGGACGAACUCCUCCGCAAGUUCACAUGGAGGAAGGGGGCAACGGCAGUGUCCAUGAAAAUAACCGCCCCUCUGAGGAGGACACGUGCAGCCCUUCGGAGAUCCUGGAGUGCUGUAUCAGAGAAUGGCAGGAAAGUGCAGGCGUUCCCACGGCUCUUCCCCGAGCAGAGCAAAUGGAGAAGCCAGUGUCUGCUGCUGGUGACAGUGACUGGAUUUCAAAUACAGGGCUUGAACCACAGGAGCAGCAAAGCAGUCUGACAACUGUCACCAGAGCAGAUGAUCAGGAGCACAAAGACAGCGCUCUAAAACCUGAAUGGCCGUUGGACCUGAACAAUCACAGCCACAUACCAGAAAUACCUUUAAAUAUUUCAAACAGCCUCAAUAAAGAAUCUCCUGUGCUAUGUCCAGCACCGAUCCAGUGCCACUCCGACACAGCGAAAGAAAAGGACAAGGAUAAAAGCAGUGCCGUGGUGUCAGAGGAUAUGUGCGGCAGCGAGCACGGGCAAAGUAUUUCUGGUGUGACCGUGCUUAAUUUGCGAGAUGGCAACGAGCACAACAAAACUGAUCUUAAGGCAGAAGAAAACUGCCGCAGUAAGCAAAACUCAAACAAGCCGGAGCAGGAUAAUAAUUAUUUGAUCUCAGCCAGUCAGCAUGAAGCAGCAUGUCAUACCGAUACGUUUCCUGAAGAAGCUGACGAGAAUGAACAGCCAGGCAGCGUAUGCAGGGUAAAGGAUAACAUGGGUGAAAGCAGUGCUGCUGCUAUAAACGCUGUGCCAGGGACACAGAAUUCGGCGAGUGCCACUAACAUACCACAGGCUUUGCCAAGUGAUACAGAAAUAGCACAUACUUCUGAUAAUUCUGAGAAAAAUGAUCCUCAGGUAUCUCAUCUAGAAACUCGGGGAGAAAUGCCAUUAAUUGCAAAAAACUUGGAAAACAUUGAAGGUCUGACUGGCAAAAUCAUCCGAAAAGAUGGAAACGUGGAGAUAAGUUGUGAGGACAGUGUUUCUGCCACAGAAACAUGCCAUAUGAAAAGUGAUAGAAGUCCAGAGGCGCAAGGAUCUCCUUCACCACGGACACAUGAGGAGGAAGUAAUUCCCACUGCUAAGUCAUAUAAAACCAGCUGUUUUCAAAAGACACCCAAGGAGCCUGGUUAUUGUCAAGCAAAUUUUACAGCCCGCCCUACGCAGACCUCUGAGCUCAGCCAGCCUAACCAGCAACCUGGAAACGACACAAACAAUGGUACUGGAGGGGGAUUACUAAAUAAUGAGCUGGAAGUUGUAACAUGCCAAAACGCCUUAGAGGGUAACGCUAAUUUGCAGAUUGCUGCAGGUUCUCAGGUGUCUGUGCACUUAGGUCCUUCACACGGGGUAAGCGGAGGUAAACCAGCAAAUUCAGAAAACAGCUCUGCAGGGAGUAUGUGUGUUAAUGAGAAAAAUAUUCAAGACCAAAGUUUUUGGGGUGACGGAAACAGAAGUUCAGCCCUGCCAGAGACUUUAAAUGUGGGGCAGAGUACUGGCAACUUAUCACAGUUCAAUUCUGAGAAGCUGAAGAAAGAGAUAUCUGCAAUUAAAUCCAAAGAAACAGAAAGUGAGGUAAACUUCAAAGAACAGCAGAGUGACAGUUCAGCAGAGCCUCUGUUCGCUCUCCCUACUCUAGAAGGGAAGCUGCUGAGCCUUUCAUCUGUAGGUAAACAAGAAGGCUGUAAUGAGGAAAUUGUAAGCAUUAUCUGCAUAGAUGACAAGUGCGGUAAGAUCUUAGAGAAACCUGGGAAUUCAGAAAAAAUAGAAGGGCUUUCAAAAGAGAAUAAUAACAUAACCAGGGCAGAGAUCAGUAUUUCCGAGCAGUCUGCAGAGAACUCUGGAAGGGAACAUGAGGCUCUGACUUGCAGCUCUCUGGACAUCGGCUCCAGCCUCCCAGACUUUAGGGAGCAUAUCAGCCAGAUAUUUAAAAAAACUGUCCACAGCACACUGAGUGCUGAGUUACCCCAACUUUUGUCUGAAAAUCAUGCAGGCUUCAAACAGAGUCCAGUGGCCAGGGAUACAGCAGAACCACGUGGUGCUGAGGGCUUUUCAGAAUCAAACAAGGCAGGUAAAGGAGCUCCUGAGAGCAUCUCAAAAGCAGAGGGGCAAGAGUUGUCUUUAGCUACCGCGUCUUCCUGCAAAACUGCCAAGGGCAAAUCUCUGCAACAGGAAAACACAGUGGCAGAGCUGCCACCGGCAAGUCUCCAGGAGACUGAGAAAAGUAGGCUGCCCAGUACCUGUUUAGAAGUGGUCCCUAGAUUGGAUGGUGCUCUGGAAAAUCUGCAGAUGCCAGACAAACCCACUGAGCAUCCAGAGAGUGGUGAGAUGGAAAGAGAGGAAUGCGUGUGUGCUAGCGGCGUUGAUCCUGAAUCGCUAAUAAGCUUAGAGAUAGAGAAGCAAGGACUGGCUUCAUUUGAUGGGGCAGCAGCUGAGAACUUCCCUGCCUAUCCUGGCAGUAAACAACAGCCCGCUGUAGCUGUUAUCUCUACAGGUGACGUGCAGAAGAGCGACUUAGAAGAUGCUGCUACCGCAGAGGGGAAUAACUUAAUUACAGAGUGUAACGCAGAACCAGUUUCCUCUGAAGAGGAUGUAAGUCUUCCUACUGAACAGUGCCAGGAUCCGAAGCCAGAUGCACAGGAGAAAAGUGAGCACAGUGAUCCAGGCAUUGCCAAGAGCAUCUCUGACAUGGCAGCUUCAACACUUGUCCUGGGAGGACCUUACAGUUGUGAAAAAUUGCCAGACAAUUUUAAUGUGUUACCUGGGGAAAAUCAGGAGACGCGCAUUCACAGCGAUUUUAUGCACGACAUUAGGACUCGGAAUGACAUGCAGAUGAUCCAGGAUGAUCCAGUAAAUAAGGAAUGCCUGGAAACAUCGGAAAAUUCACAACAUUCACAGCAAGAAAAGAAAGUGACCGUGCCUGGGUUAAUAGAUUACUUAAAAAACGAAGUAAGCCAGGAUGAUUGCUUGCAAACAGACUCCAAACUAGGAUCUAGCAAUACGACUGAGGGAGCUGUAAAAGAGAAGAGUGACACAGUGUUAAGCACAGCAAAGACAGGUAACGAAAAAACUGGAGACAUCCCUGAAACAGGUACUGCAAGGAUGUUAGUCACUGGUGAAGGUGACUCGGCUUUAAACACGAGCACUGAAGAGCUGGAAACAGACCUGGACAAAAAUUAUGCUCCAGCCAUUCCUUUGAUGGAGCAGGAUGAGCCUUCUGCAUCUACAGAUCUCACUGUUGCCGAAAAUCAGCAGAGCAGGAUAAAUGCGGAACAUGAAAGCUCACUUCAGGAUGCCCGAAGACAGCUAUCACCACUCACAUUAACCGAGCCGAAGAACCCUGACCUCCAUGAACUUCAAGACACGGCUGUGGCAGGAUUACCUACUGAAAG